UAAAUACAGUUUUAUUUUGUGUACUCACUAUUAGACCAGUUGUGCUGCGGUCAGGUUUCUGUUGCUGAAAAACAUAUUUCCUGUGGCAGAUACCUCCUCUGAAUCCCUUAGAGAACCUGAGUAAAAGGAAGGCAGCGAACAAGACAUUCACCACGGAGACGGUUACGAUGCCAGAAACAAUGAGCGACAGUACGACAUGUGGACAAAAAACACACAGAGACAGAAGCGAGCAGGUGGAAGUAGAAGUAGAGGAAGAAGAAGAAGUAGAGGAAGAAGCGCAUCCUCCUCCUCCUUCUUCUCUUACUUAUACCAAGCAUGUGGUGUCUCCAGCAGCCAUCAGAACUCAGAAGAGACCAUCGGUGCUCCGUCAGGCUCUACAAACAGCCUCCAGACAACAACAUGGAAAUAAUGCUUCAGAAGCAGUCACAAUUUGUAAAGAAGAAGGGGACCCUGGUCAUCUGGGCCAGUCGUCCUCACUACACGAAGGCUUUUUAUCCAGACACAGCCACCACCUCCUCUCUGUUAGGCGUCAUCAUCCUAAACAGAGCUCCACAGACGCCAGGACUCAGGACAGCAUCUCUGAGGGGACAAGUGCUUUGUUUGCAAGCGGCAUAUGUCGCUGGCCUGGCUGUGACGCAGUAUUUCAACAUCUCCCUAGUUUCUUAGAACAUCUUCAUUCUGAACAUAGUCAUGGUGACAGAAGCAUUGCUGAGUGGAGGAUCCAGCAUGAGAAAGUUCAGCACAUGGAGAAUCAGCUCAUCCUGGAAAAACAGAAACUGACUGCAAUGCAGUAUCAUCUUCACCACUCUGAACAAAGACUUACUGCUCUGAAGGCUUCUGAGGCGCCUUACAGCCUCCCUCUGUUCCUGCACCAGCCUAAAAUAGCUCAGGAAGACAAUUUACAACAGUGGGGCCUUAAACAUCUGGAUGAGGGUUAUCGAACAGUUGGUUCUGCACAUCUGAUAUCAGUCCCCAGCAUCGAGUGUUACAAAUACAACAACAUCAGACCUCCACACACCUAUGCCUUCUUGAUAAGAUGGUCCAUCCUGGAGUCUCCUGAUAAACAACGCACUCUCAAUGAGAUUUACAACUGGUUCACCACCAUGUUCUUCUACUUCAGACACAACACAGCCACCUGGAAGAAUGCAGUGCGUCACAACCUAAGCUUGCACAAGUGUUUUGUGCGAGUGGAGGGAGGGAAGGGGGCAGUGUGGACAGUGGAUGAAACCGAAUACCAGAGGAGGAAGGGACAGAAGUAUUACAGGGACUGUCCUGUGAAACUGCUCCCAGCCUACUCCCAGUACUGUCCAGAGAACUCAUGAGGACCAGCAGAGGGCAGCAGUGAGCUGAGGCAGGGAUUCAACCAACAGGACAA